AUGCUUUUCAUUUGGCUGAAAAAUUUCCACACGCAGAUUUAGCUCAUGUUGGUCAUGCAGAUUUGCUGUGAUGACCAACAGAAAGCUGCAUGGAAAGUGUGAGCAGUGCUUUAUACAUCAGUAUGCUAUUAACAGUGGACCUUUUUUGCCAGCAAAUCUUUGCCAAAAUUUUAUCCAGUCAUUUAGUUUGCAUAAACUCGCCCCUUUCUUACAAUGGACUGCAAGAUUGCAUUCAGAUCUGCCACCAUCCAAUCAACAACUGAUUGAUUGAAUCACGUCCCCACCCUAGCAGCCCUACAUUUUUUUCUUAUUUGAUUUGGAUGUUUGGAUGUACACCACAAUACUUAAUAAAAGAUCUGUUGCUACUUCCAUCACAUUAUGACUUUAUGGAUUCUGCAAACUUUUUUGUUCUUUUGUUCAGAUUUUGAGAGUAUUAAUACACCCGCUGUUAGUAGUAACCGGAAGCAUUUGUAAGUUAUAGUCAUUUCCAUUCUGCAGAAGUCUCUGGAGGUUUGUUUUUUGAAUGUUUCUGCUGGUGCAGAUUUCUUUUGGGCCUACUUGUAGUCUUGUUUGCAAGGACGGUCCUUGGAUUUGGCCAGUUUGCAUUUCUCUCUCUUUCACUCUCUCUCUCUUUCUCUCUCGUUCUCAUUAAUAAACAUCUCACUGACACAAUGAGUUCCACUAUUCCUCCUCCGUCAUUGUCUCAAUAAACUCCAGAGAGAAAGAGAGUGUGGGAGUUUGUCGGACCGAGGAGACGCUGUCAGUGUCAAGGCAAGUGAGACAAGGCACAGGAAUCUGCCCAGCGUUGAAGGAAUGCCGUGAGCUGAGCACCCUGUUAAAACCCAGUGAUUAUCUUUAAAAAGAGAGACCUGAGGAAGUACAAGGACAAGAUACUUUGCAGAGGAUUUAGUUUGCUUGCUUAUUUUUUUGUAAAAAUCUAAAUUUUGAAGAAUUAAAGAAUAUUAUUUCAGUAGUGUUUGGUGGGAGCUUUUCAGAGAGUUUCUAAUUUGUUUGAUUUGACUUUGAGUAUUGGAUCAGCAAGUUAGUUUGCUUUGUGCAUUUUGUACUUUAGUACAUUAGAGGAUAAUGUGAGUUGCAAGACAACAGGCUGCUCUUUUGAUUAUUUUCAUUUGCUAGUUUGUUUAGAUAACCAAGCGGUUAUCUAAAUAAAUAUUUUCGUGACUUUAAGAGUUGUUUGUGAGGUUGGGAGCUGAUAUUCUUAUGCCCAUGGCUGUCCCAGAACCUGUUGCCACCCGGAGGUUGGCACUGGACUGUCGUACCCUGCUGGAUCACCGCCCGAGCCGUGGGGUGUGUGGUUGUUGUGGGGCGCUGAGGCCACGCUACAAGAGACUGGUGGACAACAUCUUCCCUGAAGACCCAGAGGAUGGGUUGGUAAAGGCUAACAUGGAGAAGCUGACAUUUUAUGCGCUGUCGGCUCCAGAGAAGUUGGAUCGGAUCGGGGCAUACCUGUCUGAGAGACUGUCCCGUGAUGUAGCUAGACACCGUUAUGGAUAUGUGUGUAUUGCGAUGGAAGCCCUCGACCAGCUGCUAAUGGCCUGCCACUGUCAGAGUAUCAACCUGUUUGUGGAGAGUUUCCUGAAGAUGGUGCGAAAACUCCUGGAGGCUGACAAGCCAAACCUGCAAAUCCUGGGGACAAACUCAUUUGUGAAGUUUGCUAACAUCGAGGAGGACACUCCCUCGUAUCAUCGCAGUUAUGAUUUCUUCGUGUCACGGUUUAGCGAGAUGUGCCAUUCCAGCUAUGAGGAUCCUGACAUCCGCACCAAAAUCCGAAUGGCUGGCAUCAAAGGUCUGCAGGGGGUAGUGAGGAAGACCGUAAACGAUGAGUUGCAGGCGAACAUCUGGGACCCUCAGCACAUGGACAAGAUCGUCCCCUCGCUGCUCUUCAACCUGCAGUCUGGUGAAGGCACAGAGAGUCGCUCUCCCUCCCCGCUGCAGGCCAGUGAGAAGGAGAAAGAAAGCCCAGCCGAGCUGACAGAGCGCUGCUUUCGGGAACUGCUGGGCCGUGCCGCCUAUGGCAACAUCAAGAACGCAGUCACCCCUGUGCUUAUGCAUCUUGAUAAUCACUCUCUGUGGGAAGGCAAAACAUUUGCAGUGCGCUGCUUUAAGAUCAUCAUGUACUCCAUUCAGUCUCAGCAUUCUCAUCUAGUCAUCCAGCAGCUCUUGGGUCAUUUAGAUGCCAACAGUAAGAGCUCAGCCACAGUGCGUGCUGGGAUCGUGGAGGUCCUUCUGGAGGCGGCUGCCAUCGCUGCCAGUGGCUCUGUUGGCCCCACAGUGCUGGAGGUGUUCAACACACUGCUCCGGCAUCUGAGGCUCAGUGUGGACUAUGAACUCACAGGAUCCUAUGACUGCAACAACCUCGGCACCAAGAUCAUCAAGGAGCACGAGGAGAGACAGCUACAGGAAGCCGUCAUCAGGACUAUCGGCUCAUUUGCAAACACGUUACCCACGUAUCAGCGCUCUGAAGUGAUGCUCUUCAUCAUGGGAAAGAUCCCAAUUCCAGGCAUGCAUCUCACACUACCCUCUACAGGCUCAGGGAUUGAAGGCAACCGAAUGAUCCAAGUCAUGCUGUUGAAGUCCUUGAGACAGGUCACAUGUGGCUUCCAGACGACUAACAUGCUGACAGCUCUGCCCAACUCCUUUCUGGACCCAUUGUUGUCAUUUGCUCUGCUAGAGGAUGCAGAAAUUCGGCUGCUGGUGCUGGAAAUUCUGGUCAGCCUCAUUGACCGCCAUGACAACCUCCCCAAGUUCUCCACCAUCAGUAUCAUCUCUGAUAUCUCUGUACUUAAACUCAAAGUGGACAAGUGCUCACGUCAAGACAACCUCUUCAUGAAGAAGCAUGCGCAGCAUCUGUACAGACACAUCUACCUGUGCAGUAAGGAACAGAGCAGCGUGCAGCCUCACUUUGAAAAGCUCUACUCACUCCUGGCCCUCAUCAGCAUGGAGCUGGCCAACGAAGAGGUGGUGGUGGACCUUAUCCGUGUGGCGCUCGCUCUGCAGGACUUGGCUCUGAGCAUUGAGGAGAUGUUACCAGUGUAUAACCGCUGUGCUGUUCAUGCGCUGUCCUCUGCUUACCUCAAUCUCAUCAGUCAGCUCACCACCGUUCCUGCGUUCUGCCAGCACGUUCAUGAGGUGAUUGAAAUGAGGCAAAAAGAAUUUCCUUACCUGUUACCUGAGGACGUCUUCAUUGAAAACCCAAAGAUUCCUAAGACACUGGAGAAGCUGGAAGGAGAGGUGUUGUUCCAACAGGCCAAGAUCACUGAGGUUCUUGGAGGAAGUGGCUACAAUACUGAACGACUAGCUACACCUUACGUCCCACAGUUUACAGAUGAGGACCGGCUGUCAAAGAGAAAGAGUAUUGGAGAAACAAUAUCUCUCCAGGUGGAGGUAGAGUCCAGAAACAGUCCCGACAAAGAGGAGAGAACACCAGCUGAAGAAAUCACUUUUGAAACACUAAAAAACGCCAUCGUGGACAGUGUAGGCGUAGAGGAACAGGAGAAGGAACGCAGGAGACAGGUGGUUGAGAAGUUCCAGAAGGCCCCAUUUGAGGAAAUAGCUGCCCACUGUGGUGCCAGAGCUUCAAUGCUGCAGAGCAAACUUAAUCAAAUCUUUGAAAUCACGAUCAGGCCUCCUCCCAGUCCAUCUGGAACCAUCACAUCAAGUUACGGCCAAACCCAGAGUCGAUCUGUCCCCGUUUAUGAGAUGAAGUUCCCGGACUUGUGCGUUUACUAGUGCAGCUCAACUCAGGAUUCAGGAACCUUCAGUAGCAGCAAGAGGUGCCGGGAGCUGGAGGGUUUUAACUAUUAAAUUAUAUUUUUAUGUUUUUAAUGAAGGAAAACUAAGAGGUCAGCCCUCCUCUAUCCUAUAAGCUUCAUUGCUGUAUUGUCCCGUUUCCCGCCUAUGCUGUUACUGUAGACAGUAACUUUUCGAACAUUUGGGUUCAGUUACGCUGAGUUUUCUGUAUGUACAAAUAUUUCCCACAUAUUCUUGGUUAUUCUGCUCCUCCAUAGCUCACAUAGACAUGUAUUUGGGCAAGUAUUGCAGCAAAAUUCCAACUCAACGGGGGCACAAAACCUAUUAAGAACAUGUCUGGGUUAUAUUUCACCCCUAAAAUCACAAGAAAGAAAUAAUAAAUAAUAUUUUGAAUGAAUAAAUUAAAAAACUUAUUUUAGGACCUUUAAGAUUUUUAUUUUUUUUUUUGCAAUGUGACAUUGUUUUCAUGACAAUUAAGCACAUUUACCCCUAAAUUCUCAUUGUAAUGUUAAAGAAAAUAUUUAAAUUGUUUAUAUAUUUAUUGUAGGAAUUCUUCUACUGUCUUUAAUUAUGCACAUUUCAGUGCUGAUUUCAAUUACAAAUCAUUUCAUUACAGUCAUUCCUUAUUGUAAUAAACUAUAGUGAAAUCACCAGUAUUUAAGGCGGUAUUUAUUAUUUUGGAGGUGAAUAGCAUUUACUUGUCAUAAAAAAAUAAUGUUAUGAUGCAAAAUAAUCUUAAUGAUCAUAAAAUAGGCUUCAUUUUCUUUAUGAUCUAUAUAUAUAUAUAUGUAUAUGUGUGUGCAUAUAUAUAUAUAUAGAUGCACUUUUUUAUCGUACAAUAAAUUAUGAUGAAGAGGAGUUUUAUAGAGAAAAAGGUGAAACUUCCCCCUCUGUCAUCUCAUGAUAAAUUGUGACAAAUCAAGCUUACAAACCUUUCUACCAAGAGUUUAAAUCCUAUUUGUAUCAACGAAGCCCAUUUAUUACUCAACACGUCUCUCGAAUGAUUUUUACUUGUUGGUGCUAAUUUUUGUUCCUAGUAGUUUGAACAUUUAGUGAAUAAUUAACUUUAUAUUGUUUUCUUUAAACAUUGGAAGCUUAUUAUCACAAAGUGUUCUCAGUCUGUGUAGAUAUCUGGAGUUCGGAUCACUGGAGGUCACCGUCUUAUGUGUUAAACACAGUUAAGUGGUGUUAAGGAGCUCUGGUGCUCAAAAAACUAUUUAAUUAACACUUUUUUUCUAUUUAUCUAACCAUACUCAUUUGCAUUCAUCUGUAACCUGCUGUGUUGUGCUUAUUUUUGAGUGCUUCCGCACAGUGUUGUGGCAUUAGACAAUUUUUCAAAUUAUUUUUAUUUUGUAAACAUCAGCAUAAUUUUUACUGUGUAUAUAAAGUUGUGUAUAAGGUCUAUGAAUAUAUGUAAAUAGCUGUUUGUUAGUUUUAGAAUGUUCUGGUUUAGUCCUUGUUUGGUCAUUGUCUGAAUGAGAGUGUGUAUUUCCUCAUAAAGAACAAAUCAAUAUGACACCUUCAUUUUAAUAGAGUUUGCAAAAUUCAUAGAUUUGUUUUUGUGAUUGACUGCUAGCUCCAGGGUUCAGAGGCAAAUGAAGAAAAAACAGUCUAUCAGGAAAGGCAUCAUCACCAUUCAUCACACUCCUGGUCAAACAAAUUUUUUUUGAUACAAGUUUUGUCAUUUGAAUUACAUAAAUCUCUACAAAUAUCCCAGAUCAUGCCGAGAGAUAUUUCAGUGCUGAUCUGCGUCUCUAUAUAUAAUAGUUUAGGGAUAAUAUACAGCCAGGGUUUAUUUUGCUAUUGUGACCGUCUGACUGUACAUUAUCCUGCUUAUUACAUCCUGCUAAUUACCAAAUAAAAAAAUAUAUGGAUAUGAGAUAUUCAUUCUGAGUUGAUAUUAUUUAAUUAUCUUAAUUGUAGAUUAGCUUACUUGUAGAUGUGCUAAGAAAAAAGUCCAUUAUAACGUAGAAAACAGUCGGCCUAGCAACAAAACAUGCAAUACAACAACAUUACAAUAUUAAUUUAGAAUUUACUUUUAAUCUGCAAUCCAAGUUAUGUUUUUUAUGGACUAGUUAGCUAACAUAUUUAUCGAUAAUGUAACAAGUCUUCCUGUAUUUUAAGUUCUCUGGCUCUUUGUUUUUCUUAUCAGUUCAUUGUUCUUCCAAGCUGUUUCUUUCUUUCUUUCUUUCUUCUAGCCACCUAUCAAAGAUUUUCUCUUCACAGUAAAAUUAAGUUAGUAACUGUUUUGAGUUGCCAUUGAGCUAUUCUAACUUGUUUUGGUCUGAAAAGCGAGCGCGUUGAGUGAUACGAAAAUCAUUCACAGUUUAGCGGUCAUUAUACAAAAUUUAUCCUAUUGGCAAAUAAGAAUCAAGUAUUUUAGAGGCUGUAUAAUAAAUUCUAUUUUUACCAUUUGAUGGAAAACUUUAAACCUGUAGGUUCGGAACCUUCCGUUUUCCUCGUCUUUCAAAUUAUUCAUGUUUAGCUAGCAGACCUUUAUGUGUUGUCUGCAUAUUUUAGUCCCAUCAUGUGAAAGGACUGUUUUUUUUGUAUGGCUGUGGAUUUUUAUAGUGCCAUUAACUGAACUGCUGUGCUUUUUCUAGAGGAUUCUCUCAGCAUGCUGUUAUUUAUGUCAUCAAUUGGUGACUGCAUACAGUAUAUGUUUUAAGUGUUACUUUUCAUGUUUUUAAUAGCAGAUAACAUGAGGCCAAGUAUAAAAACAGAUUAAAUCAUUUUUGCCAUGAAUUCAUUACUCAUUUAUAUUACACAGACAGAGCAGUAGAUAUUUUAACGAUCCAACAAAAAUAACCAGUAAAAGUAAAUGCUAUGAUUCCUGUAGUCUGUAGUGUCUUUACCCUAGUAUUUGUCACUGCCGUCCUUAGUAUUAGUAUGCAAUUGCUAUACGAGUAUUCCCUUGAAAUGAAUAUGAAGUGUAGCUCUUGCCCCGAUUAUAUCAAUGUAAACGCUCAGUAGUUCUGUAAAUACAUCUCACAUUUCUUCAGCAUUGUAGUUCAGUAAUGGAUUUAAUGUCUGUGAGAAUGUUAAUUUCUGGGCUGUGAUGUGUCAAAGUUAGUCAUUUAAUAUGAUGUCUUUGCAAUUUAACUGUCAUUUCUGAUGUAAAUGGAGUCUUGAAUUGGAGAGCUCUGUUUCUGGGCUGUGUGUAGCACUGAUGAAACAUCAAUCACAAUGUAUGUUUCUUUUUCUAAUGAAUUAAAGUUUUCCCUCUGAUUUGUUUGCAAAUAGACAAUAAAACAUUUUCUAUAUAA